GUUAUGUCACUACAUGCCGCCUUUUUUUCUUGCCUUAGGGGGUGUGAUAGCUUACAUCAGCUCUUCAAGCUCGGCAUCUAGCCCAGCCUCAUGUCACAGCGAGAGCUCAGACAGCGGUUUCCAGUCAUCCUCUUCGCCUGUACCAUCUUCUCCGAACAGCUCCUCCUCGGAAAGCAGCUGAAUGGCCGGAGCAGCGAGGGCUCUGACGGGGCACCAAAGAGCGACCGGCUGGAGGAGACUGUUAAACCAAGCCAGUCGGGCGUUGCUGGUUUGACAAAAGGCCAUAAUGGAGUCACAAAAUUCAAUGGAAUGGUUCUUCUCUGCAAAGUCUGUGGCGAUGUCGCUUCAGGAUUUCAUUAUGGUGUUCACGCCUGUGAGGGCUGCAAGGGUUUUUUCAGAAGAAGCAUUCAGCAAAACAUCCAGUAUAAGAAGUGCUUGAAGAAUAACAACUGCUCUAUAAUGAGAAUGAAUAGGAACCGAUGCCAGCAGUGUCGUUUCAAAAAAUGUCUGUCUGUUGGAAUGUCAAGAGAUGCUGUUCGAUUUGGCCGCAUUCCUAAACGCGAAAAGCAGAGGAUGCUGAUUGAGAUGCAGAGUGCCAUGAAAACCAUGAUGAACAGUCAGUUCAGCGGCCACUUGCCCAAUGAAGCAUUAGCAGAACAUCAAGAUCAAGCACCUCAAGAAGAGCUUUCCUCUAAACCCAAACAGGAGCGGGAAACCCUCAAAAGCCCCUCUUCCCCUCCUAGCUCUGACAUGGCUAAGGAAGAAGUGAUUGGUAUGGUCACUAGGGCCCACAAAGAUACUUUCAUGUACAAUCAGGAGCAGUCCCAAAACCCAGCAGAAGUGAUGCAGUCCCAGGGUGGGGAGAGAGUGUCAAAGAACGUCGAACAAUAUAUGAUGAGCAGUGAGCACUGUGUUAGUGGGCUCAGCGGCCCGCAGUACCCCGAAAGUGAGCAGCACCUUGGCGGACAGUACAAAGGGAGAAGCACAAUGCAUUACCCAAGCGGGCACGCCAUAUGUUUCACAAAUGGCCACUGUAUGAACUUCACCAACGGUUACACUCAGCGACUGUGUGAUAGGAUCCCAGAAGAUGUCUUUUCUCCAAACAGGAAUACCACUUACUCUUGCAGCACUGGCGGAAGAAUGCAUCUGGUCUGCCCGAUGAGUAAGACUCCGCACGUGGACCCAAACAAGUCUGGCCAUGAAGUCUGGGAAGAGUUUUCCCUGAGUUUUACCCCUGCAGUGAAGGAAGUGGUGGAGUUCGCCAAGCGCAUCCCGGGUUUCCGAGAUCUCUCCCAACAUGACCAGGUUAAUCUUCUGAAGGCUGGGACCUUUGAGGUUUUGAUGGUACGGUUUGCAUCUUUGUUUGAUGCAAAGGAGCGUACCGUCACCUUCCUCAGUGGAAAGAAGUACAGUGUGGACGACUUGCAUUCGAUGGGAGCUGGUGAUCUGCUCAACUCAAUGUUUGAAUUCAGUGAGAAACUGAAUGCCCUGCAACUUAGCGAUGAGGAGAUGAGUUUAUUUACAGCGGUUGUCCUGGUAUCUGCUGAUCGCUCUGGAAUAGAAAAUGUCAAUUCUGUGGAGGCACUUCAGGAAACACUAAUCCGUGCAUUAAGGACCUUAAUCAUGAAAAAUCACCCCAAUGAAGCCUCUAUUUUCACAAAACUUCUUCUGAAGUUACCCGACUUGCGUUCCUUAAACAACAUGCACUCUGAAGAACUCUUGGCCUUUAAAGUUCACCCAUAGGCCUUUAGGUUUCGUUUGUACCCGGACUUGCCUCGUGUUAAACUGUUUUGUGCUAAAAUAUGUAUUUAUACAGUUGUACUACUUGUCGGAGAGGGAGUUCACAGACUGUGAGCAAUUGAUAGCUGUUCCAUAACCAUGCAAUAAUGCUUCAGCAGGUGCUUUCAGCUAACAACAGCGCGGCAUUCGGAGUCCUCCAGGAUGGCCAGACCCAGCUGUGCUGCACUUUUGCAGAAGAGGUUUGCAACGAGCCUGAGUAAAUAUGGACUGUUCUUUCACUUGGAAGAAGAACCGCCACUGCCCUCUCAUGUAAACUGAACGCAGAAUAGCUGUGUGUGAGCAUAUGGAAGGUGGGAAUGGGGGGGGAACAAUCCUGUGUUAAUAGGAAAAUGGAAGAGCUGAUAUAAUUGGUCUUUCCCUUAUCUAAUAUAUGUAUGUCUGUGUCUCUUGAUAACUCACUCAUGGUUUCACUGUUGUUGUUCCAUUAAACCUGAUGGAAUGAUUUCAGCCUGCACCAACUCUUCACAGAGCGUGUGUUCAUGCCAUGUGUAUAUACUAUAAAUAGCUAAGUAAUGGGUGUUUAUGACUAUAUAAAGUACAGAGUUGUGUGUAUAUAUGUGUAUGUAUAUAAAUAGUUCUAUACAUAAAGUAUACAUAUAAUUUCUUCACAAUAUUUUAAACUGUGAAGGAAUUUAAACUUACGAAAGAAGGCGAUCUAUGGAAAGAACCAAAUAGAUGCACUUUGCAUAUUGCUGAACUAAUAAUCUGAGCAUUUCUAAUUUUUAGAAAAAAAAAUCAAAUUUGCAUUAAUACGCUGUGUUUGUUAAUUUUAAAAAAAAAAAAAGAGUGGCACCAAAGGGACAGAGUCAGAUUCAACUUCUGGAAAGGCUUUGUAGAGAAUCUCAAGUGGAGGUGGUUGUUGGUGGCACUAAUGAGGUUGAUUGUCCAUGGCCACUGAGGUUCGUACACUCUGAUUAUGGUUAAAGAAGCACCAGAUGCUCUUCAAAAACUUCAGCACAGCCAGAAAGAAACGAUCAGAUGAAUAACAGCAUUUGAGGAAAAAAUAUGUUAAAAACCUACCCAUGGUUGCAUUUGGGUGUAUGUGUGUUCUGUGACCAUUUAUUUCUUACCAUGUGUCAUUUUGCUGCUUCAUUGCUAAAUGAGAAUUUAAUAUAGAAAUGGGAGAUUGCCCAUGUCUCUUCACAGUUUGAGCUUUGUGGUUCCCAUGCCUGUUCUUCUGGAGCUCUCCAUCGGGGUAUGUGUGUGUGUGUGUGUGUGUGCAGAGAAGGUGCACUGGAUGGUCUGGAUUUUUUUCUUAAAAAACAAACAAAAAAAAACACAAACAAAUGGGACUUGUUUUGUUUAUGCCAGUAGCAAAUUACAAAGCAGAUCCUUAAGGUUUAAGAUUCUGCUGCUUUCCCACCUAGAAGGCAGUUGUCUGUGGGUUUUCUCCAUUUGUAGCAAGACCCAACGCCACAAAAGAGAUUAAAGUCAAAGCAGUUGUGUUAGCUGAUGACAUUUGUUUUGCUAACGUGAGAAGGUGAUGUUCUGUUACCCUUGUGUUUAGUUAGCUUACCCGGGAGGUUAAGCCCUCUGGGUCUUUCACGUUUGGUAACACUACUUCACGGAGAGGCAUCUCCCAUUCGUUCGUUCCUGCGUUUAGACGUGUGCAGCAGCUGCGGCCACAGCCAGGCAGCCUUCUGGCCGCAGGGCUCCCGCUGGCCAUGCGGGAGCAGCCCUCAAGCAGCAGCGAGUCGAGGGAGCCCUCAGCCCUGCAGCGCAGCUGGAGCAGACACAGCCCUUCCCCUGCCUGCCAGCGCCAGGAGCCAGGGUCUUGGGUCACCGUGGCUCUGCAGGAUUUCCCUCGGAAGCUGGUAAGCCAUCCUGCCUGAGGGUGGGGAGCAGGCAGGGGCAGGUGCCCCACCAGAAGGGAGCUGGGGACAGCUCAGCUUCAGCCUUGGCUGAAGCAGAGGAGCGCACCCUUUACCCUCCUCAGCACCACAGGGAGGGUUGUCCUGCUCGAAGCUGCUUUAACCACUGGAUCCUAGCCCCUGAACACCCAUAGCUUUGCUAUCCAAAUAUGCCGUCAGGGUAUAUUGUCCUAUUUUCUGUUAAGUCUGCAUCCUACCAGUAUUAUUUGUACGAGAGCUUCACUGAAUUACGCAUUGAACCGUUCAGACUUUAGAAAGGACACAGUCACAUGUUCCGCAUUAUCUAGGAGCUGAAAUGACUUCUUUGUAGACCCCAUUUCAAAUGCAGAAAGUAAAAACACUCGAUUGUUUUCGGAGGGAAGGAGGCUUCUUACAGAGGUUGCCACCCUACAACUGUGUUCUGUUUUGUUUUCUUUUCUUUUAAAACUGUAUUAUUAAGCCUUUAGGAAUGUAUAACCAGGACUGAGUAAUUACCGCUUAUUAAAUUUUUAGUUAGAUUGACCAUGUAUGCCUAUAGAUAGAUAUUCUAACUUGUGCAAUUUCAUUUGAAAUGAAUCUUCCUGUACAUAAUGGAAAAACUCGUGUAACAGAGAAAAGCCCCAAACAGAUUGACUGAACCAAAAAAGUGGAUUAAAGUACUGUUUCAAAGUGACCUGCGGAUUACAAACCCUCGCUGGACUCGUGGAAGAAAAUCUAAACUCAUCGUAUUAGCCAUGUAUUGUGAGCUCUUCUUUUACUGUGUCACUGGUUAUACACUUGUUAAAUGCUGAGAUAAUAGACUUCAUGCCAGGCAUUUGAGUACUGUAGAUUGGGUCAUUGCUGAAAGAUUAAUGUACUGUAUGACUUAAAUGAGAUUUUUAUUCUUGAUUUUAUUCUUGAUUUUUGUUCUUGUUUUAAAAGAUUAAAUAUGGGCAUUAUGUCAGCAAGCUAAA